CGCGAUGGUGGAUGUUGAGCAGUGUGUCCGAGGUGGCGGAAUGGUGUGGAGGGCCGACCCGCUCAUCACCAUCAUCAUCACAACCACUUUUAACCACCGUCACCACCGCCAAGGCCACUCACUCUUAACCUAUAAGGACGAAAGUGGUUUGAGAAAGGUGUGUGUCUGAGUUCGUCCUUACACCUGGGCGUCGACGAACUGAUUUACCUGAGCCGAAGCGUGAAGGAAAACUUUGGCGCAACACCUGAAUGAGUUUCGGACAGGUGUGGAGUUUCGUUGCUGUUUUAUUUUUUCCGUGUGAAGUUUGCGAAGUUUAAUUAUUUUUUGGUUUGUUUGUUUCACUUUCGUCGCUCCGUUUGACUUGUUUACUUCGUGUUGACUACUGCGGGAACGACGGAAGAGAGGAGGAGGAGAGUGAGAGGAGGAGGAGGGAGGUAGAAGGAGGAGGAAAACGAGGAGGAGGAGGAAGAGAAGGCCAGAGUAACAAACAUGAUGGACGAGGGGGACCCCGCGGCCUGGCCCACCACGCGCCCCGCCGCCCAGGACCCCACCGAGGCCCCGGACGAGGACGACUUCCUGAACCUGCCGCCAGAGGGCCAGCACUGCCUAAAGGAGUUUUGGAACAGCCUCCCCCUCGAUGGUGUGCACUGUAACGCCAGCUGGGACACCUUUUACUGCUGGCCGGCCACGCCCGCGGGGGACACGGUGCGGCGGCAGUGCGGAACCAUCUUCAAGGACUUGCCGGCCCUGGACCUAUACCCGCACGCCUUCGCCUACCGGGAGUGUGGCCUGGAGGGUACAUGGCUGCUCGGAGGAUGGACAAAUUACUCACAAUGUCUCACAGCAAUCGAGCCGCAGGCGGGGUCCCAGGGCGUGGUGGAGGCGGUGCGGUUCAUCACUUUCAUCGGCGCGUUACUCUCCCUGCUCACCCUCACCAUCACCGUCUUCAUCUUCACCUACUUCAGGACGCUGGAGUGUGAUCGCCUUCGGGUGCACCGGAACCUGGUGGCGGCGCUGAUCAUCAUGUUCUUGGUGAUGCUGGUGCUGACGGAGCCCUUCGUGUCGCGACGCUCCUCGUACACCUACAGGGACGUGGACUGGUUGUGCAAGAUGCUGCUAGCGAUCCGGAUGUACGCCCAGAUGGCCUCAAUCAGCUGGAUGUUCGUGGAGGGCCUCUUCCUGCACUCCCGCCUCACCUCCAACGUUUUUGACUCCGGCGCGCCCUUCCCAAUCUACUACACCAUUGGCUGGGGGUGCCCGCUCGUGUUCCUGGGGGCGUGGGCAGCCGUCAUGACCCUACACUACCCCGUUCACUGCUGGACAGGAUACGGCGGGCUCCCCUUCGUUUGGAUACUGGUGGCGCCCAUGGUGACGGCCCUGCUGAUCAACCUCAUGUUUCUAGUCAACAUCAUCAGAAUCCUGGUCACCAAACUAAGAGCGAGCGAUGCCGUGGAGACGACCCAAGUCAGGAAGGCGAUCAAGGCCACCGUGGUACUGUUCCCCCUCCUGGGCAUCACCAACCUCCUCUUUGCCGUCAACCCCGGGGACAGAGGCAGGCUGGAGGGCGCCUACAUGCUCACCAACGCCAUCCUGCAGUCGUCACAGGGCGUGUUCGUGUCGGUGCUGUAUUGCUUCAUGAACACGGAGGUCCAGGAGCUGCUGAGGAAGCGGUGGCGGCAGUACAGGAUGCGGCGCCUCGGCUUCCCCGCCACGCACCACCACCGCCGCAAGAGCACCAAAAGUACCAUCGUCCUGGAGAACUCGUGCUCGCUCCGCCUCAGCCCGCAGCGCACGCCCUCACACCCGCGCCUCCACAUCCAUGGCUUUGAGACCUCGGCGGUGUGAGGGUUAUCUUGAGGUCAUAUGCGAUUUCUUUCGAUAGGUUUAUUUUCAAGCUCGUUUUCAUUCUUUUUUGUGCUCCUCAGGUCUUCCUACUUCGUUGUAUUUGGUUGUCAUUUUUUUCCUUUUUACUGUACUCUCAUUCUACUUCUUCCCGCAUCGUGAAUCAUUAUGUAAGUCUUCAGUUUCUUCGUCUUCACAUCCGCCCUUCCACGUCCUUCAAGACCUCGGUGGUGUGAAGGUUAUCUUGAGGUCUUCUGCUUUUUCUUUCUAUAGGUUUAUUUUCAAGUUCGUUUUCCUCCUCUCGUUUCGUGUGUGCUCCUCAGACUUCUCCAGUGUGAGGACUACAAUCAUCUCUUCCUUCUUCGUUUGAUUUGGUUGUCUUUUCUUCCUUCUUACUGUACCCUCAUCAUACUUCUUUCCAUAUCAUUUUUCAUUAUGUUAGUCCUCAAUUUCUUCGUCCUCACAUCCGCCCUUCCACAUCCACAGCUUUGAGAUCUCAGCGGUGUGAGAGUUGUCUUCGAGUCUUCCUUUCUUUCUUUGUUUUGAUUCGGUUCACCUUCACGUUCCACUUUUUCCCUUUCCUUUUUGUGUUCUUGAGGCUUCGUUGGUUUGAGGUCUUGAGGUCUUAAUUCCUUCUUCCUUCGUUAUAUUUGGUUCAGUUUUCAUUUUCCUUCUGAAUUUCUUCUUUAUUGGCUUUUCAUUAGUUUGCCUUCAGUUUCUUCUCCCUCGUACCAGUGUCUUCACGUCCAUGAUUUUGAGACUUCGGUGGUGUGAGGUUUUCAAAGUAUUUCUUCUCCCUUAUUUUUAUCUGGCUCUUUAUCUCCCUUUUCUUCCUGCCUUCCUUCCUCUCGCACUCUUGUCCAUUGUAUAGGAGUGCAAUUUCUUUACCCUUACACCCAAGUUUUUCAUUCUUCUUCAUUUUUUCUUUAUUUUUCAUUUUUCAUUUUGUACUCAUCGCUUUUUUCCGAGUUUUCUUCGUUUAUUUUUUUAUUGUGAGAUGUAUUAUUCUCUUUUUUCUACCUUAAAUUUUACUCUAUCUUUCUUGUCCUUAUUUUUUUCUUCCAUGUCCUUAUUUUCUUGUCCUUAUUUUUUUUUCCUUGCUCUGUGCUUGCGUUGUUCUUUCCAUCGUCUUGUUUCUCUCCUCUUUUCACUCGUUCUUUUUUCCUUUUCUUGUCGUUCUUCCGCUCCCGCUGUGUUUUAAUUUGUUUACGCUCCAUCUUGUCUUGUUACGGCGUUCUUUCGUGUGUGGUUCUUUUGUUCCUCCUCCCUCGGCCUGUCUGAAAUAUUGAGGAUGUUCUUGUUUAUCUAUUUCCUCGUUGUCUGUUGUCUUCCUGCUCUUGUUUCUUCUUGUUUCUUUCCUCUUACUGAGUGGUCAAAUACACAUACCAUCCACUCUCUUAUGUUCUACCCUCCACUCUCCUUCUUUCCCUUCCUUCCUACCUUCUACUCCUACGUUCUGACCAUUCCCCACUCUUCCAUUCCCUUCUUCAAACGUUCAAGCAUUCCUCUCCUUCCUCCUUCCCUCCCUCGUCCAGCAAACUACUCCCUCCCUCUACUCCCGCACUCCUUCCUACUUUCUCCCCAUCAACCAGUCCUUCCUCCCAUCCUCCUUCUCUA